AUGAAUAUAGUUUCGUACAACAUUAGGGGUGGCGGAAAUUCGUUAAAAAGAAAGAGAAUCCAGGAGUGUCUGAAGAAAGGUGCAGCAGAUAUCUGCUUCAUCCAAGAGACAAAAAUUCAAGAUAUGAAUGAUAAUCUAGUUGGGUCGAUUUGGGGUGGCUGCAAUGUGGGAUGGUCGGCAAAAAACUCACAGGGAUUCUCAGGGGGUAUGUUAGUGCUGUGGAAGAAGGAGGUGAUAGAGGUUAAUUUCAGCUUCACAGGUGAAGGUUUUUUAGGUAUUGGUGCUACCUUCAAAGGUGUGAAAUGCUAUUUUGUUAACGUGUACUCAUCUUGUAAUAUCACAUUGAAGAGAAAGAUGUGGGAGGAAUUAUUGGUACUUAGAGGAAGAUGGUUGGAUGGGGAAUGGUGUGUAGGUGGGGACUUUAAUUCAAUUCGCUGUGCAUCAGAAAGAGUUGGGUUGGUGUCGUCCUUCAGGUCUCAGGAAGCAUCAGAAUUCAAUGAUUUCAUUGAACUGAUGGCGGUGGAGGAUUUGCCUACCGGCGAAAGGAAGUUUUCUUGGUGUCAGGGGGGAUGA